UGGAUCAAUGGACGUGCUGCCUGCGGAGCUGUGCUUCAAGAUCUUCCACCUCCUCGAUCACCAGGCCCUCGCCGCCGCUCCCCAAGUCUGCAGGAAGUGGAACGCGCUGACCUGCGACGACGAGCUGUGGCGCAGGCUGUUCGAGGGCCGAUGGGGAGCCGACGCCACGGCCUUCUACGCGCCGCAGCCGGAGGGCUCCAAGCCGUGGAAGGACGUCUUCGUCGUGCAGGACCGAUGCGACCGAUACGGACUGGGCGUCAGGAUCAUCAGGGAAGGCAACGACUACUACCUCAUCUACCAGGGCGAGAUCCAGAGCUACCUGGGCACCAGCUCCGACUCCGGUGCCAAGGACGCAGCGCAGCCGCAGGGCGGCGAGGCCGAGAAGAAGAGGCAGAUAUCUGACCGGAUCCUCUUCUUCCUUGGGGACCUGGAGACCGCCUACGCGGAUGCCAAACGUGUCAAGGCGUGACCUGCGGCGAAUGUGCCUGUAUAAUUCCUGUUCUUGUUUCGCAUAUCUCGUGCAUAAUAGGGCUGUAUCUAUCCACAUAAUAGGGCUGUAUCUAUCCACGUACAAUCCUCGUCUCCUGUA